AUGCUAAUGCCUCUAGGAGAUGAACUGCAAGUUUACAUAUUGAAGUGGGGACAGAAGCGCUCAUUACAGCAUCGACAUCCCACUCGGCCUGUCCACGUCUCGAAACCGACUGGAAUACAGCAAUUGCAAUGCCUGAAGGCACGUGUGGCAGCAACGAGCCAUGGAUUCCUUUCUUCAGUGCCGAGUCAGUCUGCCGGUCAGCCAGUCAGCCAGUUCCUCAGUCAGUUCCUCAGUCAGUUCCUCAGUCAGUUCUUCAGUCAGUUCUUCAGUCCUUCGUGGCGACAGCCAUCAACAAUUGACCAGAGCUCGAAUCCUUUAGCAUUUCCAAAUUUGACACCUGUAGCUCAAGUGCCUACCACCAACCGGUUCACUUCGCUCUUCCAAACUGCCACCUCAUCUUCUUCUCCCUACACAAUGGUUGCCAACUCGUCCUCGACUGAAUCAUCCCGCCACUGCGUCAUGGGUCUAGCUGACUCCCCGACCAUGGGUUCGAACAAGUGCCGAUACAAAACUGGCAAGUGCACCAAUGUCCGCUCGAGCAAGCGCAAUGGCCAGCCUCACCAGCUGUGCCUGUACCACCGGGACAAGGCCAACAAGAUCCAGCGCAAGUUCGACCGUCAGAAACGUCAGGUCGCUCGCACUAAAAAGGCGCGAGACACGCACAGCACGCUCAGUGUCCUCUCGUCCCCGUCAUCCAUCUCGAUGCUGGAUAUGGCGGCUCUUGCAGGCCUCAAGCCCACUUCGGAGGUCGUGUCUCCUGUGGGCUCGACCUACUCGACGUCCUCGUCCACGUCGUUCUCAUCCAUGACGUCCAAUGGAUCGUCGCCCAUGUACACGCCCGACUCGGUCGACUGCAACCUCAACGAGAGCGUGUGGAGCUGCCUCCCCGUUGAUGGCCGUUCCUUCCUUGGAGGUCUUCACCUUCAAAUGUCCAUGCCAAGCCGCUGCUAUCAGAGCUACUUGUCUUCGGACGAGAUCGACUUUUUGUGCUCGGCGAUCCUCGAGUAA